AUUGCAUAUUAAGAAGGAGUAUGAGGAAAAAGGUGACUUGGGAUUGGUUGCCCAAGCUAGCCGAUUGUCACAGUCUAUGAUGCGGAAACCGGAACCAUUGACCAUUAGGAAGGUUUUCAACACAUUUCACCUCAUUGCCAGGGAAGUAGGAAAAGACAGCCAAAAGAAGAAAAAUAAUCUUAUAAAGUCACUUCUUGUUGCUGCCACUGACUGUGAACCUUUAUAUCUAAUCCGUUUGUUACAGAAAAAAUUGCGUAUUGGAUGUGCUGAGCAAACUCUCUUAGCUGCAUUAGGCCAAGCUGCAGUGUAUGAUGAAAAACAUUCAAAGCCGCCUCCUGGAAUCCAGUCACCUUUGGAAGAGGCAGCAAAGAUUGUUAAACAAGUCUAUUCUGUUCUUCCUGACUAUGACAAGAUAGUGUCUCAAUUGCUUACGGAUGGUGGUGUAUGGGGUCUUCCAAUGAAAUGUAAAUUUACUCUUGGAGUUCCAGUUGGGCCUAUGCUGUCAAAAGCUAUCACAAGUGUAUCUGAGAUUCUAAACAGAUUCCAGGAUGUAGAGUUCACAUGCGAAUACAAAUACGAUGGAGUGCGUGCUCAGAUACAUUACAUGGACGAUGGGUCUGUUGAGAUUUAUAGUAGAAAAGCUGAACGGAACACCGGAAUGUUUCCUGAUGUUGUUGCUGUGGUUUCAAGGUUAAAGAAAACAAAUGUAUCAUCAUUUGUUCUUGAUUGUGAACUUGUAGCAUAUGAUCGCUCAAAACAGAAAAUCCUUCCUUUCCAGGUUCUUAGUACUCGGGCUCGCAAGAAUGUAAUUUUGAGUGACAUAAAGGUAGAUGUUUGCAUAUUUGGUUUUGAUUUGUUGUAUCUUAAUGGCCAAGCACUUCUUCAGGAAAACUUAAAAGUCCGUAGAGAGAAUCUCUAUGCCUCCUUUGAGGAAGAAUGUGGACUUCUUCAGUUUGCAACAUCAAUGUCAUCAAAUGAUAUUGAGGAUGUACAGAAAUUUCUUGAAGAAGCUGUUAAUGCUAGUUGUGAAGGAUUAAUUAUUAAAACAUUAAAUGAAGAUGCAACAUAUGAACCUGCCAAGUAUUCACUGAACUGGGCAAAAUUGAAGAAAGAUUAUCUGGAAAAUGUAGGGGACACACUGGAUUUGGUACCUAUUGGCGGUUUCCAUGGCAUUGGCAAGCGUACAGGAGUAUAUGGUUCUUUUCUCCUUGCUUGCUAUGACAACAAUAAUGAAGAAUUUCAAAGUGUUUGUAAAGUAGGAACAAAAUUUACUGAAGAAAUGCUAGAAGAACGUUGUGCCAUCCUGCGGUCUAAAGUGAUUCCCAAACCAAAGGCCUACUAUCGGUGCGGCGAAAAAAAUAUUCCUGAUGUUUGGUUUGAAGCCAGUGAGGUGUGGGAGGUAAAAUUUUCUGACCUAACCAUCAGCCCUGAUUACCAAGCUGCGGUGGGUAUAGUUGAUUCAAAUAAGGGCAUAUCUCUUCGAUGCCCACGUCCACUUCGGGUUCGGCCUGACAAAACCCCUGAGCAGGCGUCUUCAUCUGAGCUGGUUGCUGAGAUGUAUAAUGCUCAAAAGAAUAUCCACAGAGUGAAAAGCAACGAGAAUGACAGUGAGGAAGAUGAUUAUUGAAGGAAAAUGGAUUUAUUUUUCUCACUAGAUAUAUGAAGGACUAAGGAGUAAUUUUUAAAUUUAUGGCUAAGGGGUCGUGUUGUGUGAUCAAUGUACAAGUCAUUCUGGGUCACAAUGUUCGAUUGUUGGAGCGACCAGAGCUAGGAGCGACCAUUGUUUCCAUUAAAAACUUCAUCAUCCCCAUCGAUGAUGCACCGACUCUAGCUAUCCGACAUUGAUUCUUUCACCCCACUAAAGGCACAACAAAUAUGAGAUCAGCAUUAGUAAAGGAGACACAGACAAAGGCAUAGCACCUAGAUAGAAUCCCACAUCAUUUGACUGAGAUUAGCCUUGCAAGCUAAAAGGUACACUUUGAUGUCACAAUAUUUAUAUCUCCAAGUUUUUAGUGAAAAGCCUGUCAGAAUAGUCACUUCUGAAAUUUACAUUAGUUGCUACAUUUGGUUACCUAAUAAGUCAAUUUCAAAGUUUUUAUUUCAUGCACGGGUGGUUGAAUUGGUUUUCUGAAGGCAAUUUUUUAUGACGAACUGGUGGUUUGAUGAUGGUCAAACACUGAAACAAGUAUGAGACCAGUCCAGAUUGGACAAAUUCCUAUGCCACCCAGGGUCAGAUCAUUAGAACCAAAUGCAAAUAUUGUCUGGACCAUCACGUUGGAGCGUGGAGUAAAAAUUUCUCACCCUGGUGCAUUGUUGUGUAAUUGUCAGUCUUAGACCAACAAAUAACAAAUGAUGUAAUAGCAGAAUUCGAGAAAUGUUCCCGAUUAAGAAACAGUGUUGUAUUUUACCUCUAUUGAAACUGAGUGAAUCUAGGCUCCAAUAACUCCAUAUUCUAGUUGGCAGCUUAGAUACUUGGGCGAAAAAAGUCUCGAACUUCAUAAUGUGGUCAUGCUAGAUAGUAGAGACAAACAGAAAUGGAUAAUAAUUAUAAUAUGAGAUCCUUUGAGGCAAUUACUCUC